AUGGGCAACCAGUGCUUCGGCCUCCGGACGCGGCUGCUGCAGCGCCUGCGGCCCCUGCCCGCCCUCCUGGUGGUGCGCGGCGCCCCGCCGCAGGGCCAGGGCAAGGACUACCACGUCGCGGUGCUCGGCGCCGCCGGCCUGGCCAAGGGCGCGCUGGUGCGGAGGUGGGUGCGCGGCGGCUUCCAGGACGCGUGCCUGCCGGGGGCCGCCGAGGGGGCCGACGACGGGGCCGACGAGGGGGCCGACGACGGGGCCGACGACGGGGCCGACGAGGGGGCCGACGACGGGGCCCGGGGCGCCCAGAAGCAGGUCCUGGAGGAGCUGCAGCCCUUCUACGAGCUGCUGUGCAAGGUCAAGGGCAAGAACGUGCGCCAGUACCCGAUCGUGCUGGUGCUGGGCCGCCGCGGCGAGCAGGGCCGCUGGGAGCUGACGAUCCGCGAGGGCGUCGCCUGCGUCGAGUGGGACUGCGCCUUCCUGGAGACCUCGGCCGCCAUGGGCGUCGGCGUGCAGGAGCUGCUCCACGCGCUGCGGCGCCACGAGCGCAGGCCCGGCCCCGCCGCCGCCCCGCCCGCCCGCCGCGGCUCCCGGCUCGCCAGGGCCGCCGAGAAGCUGCUCGGCCACUGCCUGGUCCUGUGA